AUGGCAAAUCUUGUUUUGAUCAUGAUAGCUGCCUCCUUGUUAACGGCUGGUAGUUCCAGAGCCACCGUCGAUUUUCCAAAGGAAGAUCAGGAAGUAUUCCACGCUUGUGGAAAAGUAUUAUGCCAGGACUGCACCGAAGGCUGGAACGAGUGGGUCAAUGGCGCCAAACCCAUCAAAGGUUGCAAGGUUUCGGUAACUUGCCUGGAUGACAGGAGCAGGGUGAUUUACUAUGGAAGUGAUUUGACGGACGAGGCCGGGGAAUUCGACAUGAUCGUCGACAAAUAUAUCAACGGGAAGUUGGUCAAUGCCGAAAGGUGCUUCUUACGGUUGGUUUCUUCCCCACACCCAGUCUGCAACAUUGCAACCGACUUCGCCGGAGGGAAGUCAGGGGUGGCGCUUGGUCGGCCGGCCAUCGUGUUCCGGAAUCUUGUCAAGUAUGUUCUGGGACCAUUCUACUAUACCACCCCAAUGUGCGAUGAACCUGAUACGACCGAGGCUUUCUUGCCUCCAAGGCCCAAACCCAAGCCCACAACCGCCGCGCCUCACUUCUCAGUCAUGGCGGUCCGCUCGUCUAGAGCGGUGGCGCGGAUCACGGCCGUCAUUUCUAGUUCACCGCCGUGGAGUGCAUCAGUUCCUGCGCUCCAAAAUUCAGCGACUUCCGGGCAACUGUCGUCAUCAUCUGUAACGGCUGUCCUAGACCAUGGCGUUCCGAUGCCAAGAUGCGCCUCUUAUUCCUCUUCAUCUUCGUCAUCUUCAACGACGAAUCAGAAACCUAGGAGAAAGGUGGAUGACCGUCUAUCUUCCGUUAUUGACGCUGUUAAUGAUCGUAAACUGCCUCCUGAACUCCGCGGCCAACGUAACAACGUCAGGUCUGAGACCGACAUUAUCAAUGUUGUGGAGCAGCGGAUAUAUCAUUCUAUGGAAGAGGGCCACUUUGAAAAUUUGCCCGGGAAGGGAAAACCUUUGAACCUUAGUAGUAAUCCUCAUGCCGAUCCAGCUGAAGACACCUUGUACAGGAUACUUUCAAAAAACGGAUGUGCGCCGGAGUGGGUUGAAUUAAACAAGGAAAUAAGGAACAAUAUUGCAGAGUGGCGUAAGGCACUUCAGAAAGCUUGCUCAUACAGAGACAGUCAAGAUGAGGCCAAAUGGACUGAGUACUCAGAGGCGUUAAAGCUUCAGUUGCGAGGCAUAAAUGACAAGGUUUUCCGGUACAACCUUAUUGUCCCCUUUGGUCGCCAAAUAUUUGGGCUAAAGUGGGAGAAAGAACUUGAACGCUUGGAGGAGAAAAUUUAG